UUUUGCUCACUGGGGGUUCUUGAAAGAUCUAUCUCUCUCUCUGCCUGGUCUAACACUCUCGUCCUCCCUGAGUCGUUCAAGGAGUCCACCCUUGGGAGUGUAUCUUUUUAUUUCCUAUUUCCCAUUGAAGAUCCCGAGACACGGCAACUAAACUUUUAUGCUCGCCCAUGAACUCGACGUUGGCGGCGAGUAGAUCUUUGCGAUUUGUGAAGUGCAUACCUUUCAGAUUUGUCGGGGAUCAAGUGUCCAAGACCAAAGUGCAUCUUCUUUUUUUUUCAUGCGUACAUCAAGUAUAAACUGCUGUAUCUGUAUCUUGGGACAUUGAGUCAAAGACUUCUGCCUGCUACUCCGUCUAGCCUGCCUGUCGCAAUGGCCGUCCUCUGCCGCGCCGCCCAAUGAUACAGAACAAAACAUAUGUAGCAGCACCCAAACAAAAACGCACACACGCUGCAUCGUCAACCCACACCAGUCUACGAAAGAGCCUAAAAGGGCGGCUCGCAGCGGCAACGGACGAGUCACAGUCGCGAGCUAGGGAGAGUAGCCGACGAGAGUGACUGUGUCCAGGGGGGCUAGAAUUCCCCAGCGGCUGGUCGCGGCGGAUACUCAACCAUAAUCCCUGCCAUAUUGUUUUCGCAAGUACUUCUGGUAGCACAGAAAUACCAGCUUAAAAUCCCCAGGACUGCUCGUUGCAGACAUCCAGAGGCCCCAGAAAAAAAAACCACCAAUCUCGCUCUUCGGCACCAAGACAGACACCAGUCUUUUACUUUUAAAACCAGCAAUAAAUGUCCUGUUUGUCAGUCACCCUUCCACUUGGAUUGCCACCCCGUGGAAGCGACAUGGAACCAGAAAACACGACCAUGCCCUACCAAUUCCAGGGGCUAUCAUCGGCAGCAACGCCUUCGAAUCACUCCUCGCCUUCUUCCUAUACAGUCAGUGAUUUUGGAGACGACCGAAGCUAUACCACCUCGGCCAUCAGGACAGAGCCCUCGAACCACCGCUUCUCCCCAUACACACCGCCUUCUAUACAAGUAACAGCGCCAUCAUUCUACAGCCUCUCCAACGGAUAUAGCCCUGGAUAUACGCUCCCGCACCGACGACCCCACCAAGACUCGCGUCGAAGAUCGUAUGGUCCUUCUUCAAGAUCAACCUCGAGGUCACUCUCACCCUCCCCAGGCCUGUCGCCACCUACAAGACCAGUGAUGCCACCCAUCGUCAAAAGUGAAAGCUACUUCGCCGCGGGGACUGACUUGAGCCACUACCCUCAUGCUCCAUCACAACUAGCCCAAGUGACCACUGCAUCACCAUCGACCGCCACCCUGGCCCCUAUCGUUUCGUUCCCUUCACUGUCCCUCCCGCUGCACCCCGCGCUGGAAAUGUUCCGGGGCCAUCAGGCUUUUCUCACGCAGCGAACGGUGGAGAGACUCAUGCAGCCCUAUUGCAACGAGUCUGAGAGCGAAGCGCCAUUUGGCAGGCUGCCAAAGGAGGUCUUUGACAGGGUGCAGGAAAGUGUAGACUACGAGACUCUGAUCUUUGCCAAAGGGGUCUCGAGGGCCUGGCGAAGAAUGAUUGACCCGCAACUUGCGGACCGAGUGGACAAAAUGUCGUUUGUGCGAGAUAGGGAGAGCAGAGGUCGCCACUGCAAGGCCGAGAGGUCGGCGGGCGGCAAUGGGAUUCCAUACAAGAUCGGAUGUUAUUUCUGCUACACCGUCAAGGACGCCAACCUCUUCGAGGCGCCCGGUAACCAAAAGCACUACGCCGUGAUCUGGAUCGACGAGGCCACCAAGAAAGUACGCUACGAGGGGCUCGCCGAUGAUGACCCGCGCAUCCCAAAACCCAACGACGGGGGCUUCAAAGACGGCAUCAAGCCCAUCUCUGGCCGUCGACCAAGCUACAACGCGGAGACGACGGGAUAUGGAGGCGGCUACGCAUCACCGGGUCAAGAGUUGACUCAAUCGCAACUUUGGCAGCCCCCGGCCGUGCAGCCUGCUCAACACAGUCUAUACAACCAGCAUCACCACAACGGAAACCAUCAACCGCAGCACUACCACAACCACCAUCUGCAACCGAAUCAGCAACAACAACAACAACAACAACAACAACAACAGCAGCAGCAGAAACACCAGCAGCAGCCAGAGUAUGCCGCCGUAGUCAGCUUGCGGAGAUACUGCAUCGAGUGUGGCGUUGAUAACGAUCUUUACGAGCCACGGGCGGUGUUCAAAGAUUGGACCGAGAAGAGAAAGCUCUGGGUCUGUGACUGCGCAAAGCUCCCGCCUCUUGAAAGGAUACACGAUCAGGAAAAGGAGGACUUUUGUUCUAGAUGUAAUGUGAGGGCGUCAUAUCGCUAGAGGUCUGAGGGUCGAGGUCUGUCUUUGCCAGAGACCUCCAAGGAUGGUUCUAAGGACAGGGACAUUGCAGUCAUCUAUGAAUGCCGUUCGAAGCACCAACGGAGCAAACAAGAUUCACAACCCACACAUAUCUGGUCCCAGACUGGAUACCACGAUAUUUCCCAUUACUUUACGAGCUUUCUCGUCGAUGAAGAAACAGUCUUCAGCUUACUUACAAACUACUAAACUCUCUCUGACCGGUUUUGGCAUGGUAUGGAUACACGUGGAAAUACUUUUUUUUAGUUUUACAUAGAUCGACGCUCUUAUCAGACGGUGGGCGAGCACACCUCAGGGAUACGAAGAAGACGGCUUCUUUUUUUUUGCUGACUAGACACAGCUAUGCCACAUAGCUCUUGAUGUUCCUGUACUGCUACAGCUCGAUGAUUGCCUCUCCCUGAUCAGGUGCUGAAAAAUCAGUAACACAAAUAAUAUGUUAUUAUUGCAUGCCAGACUCAAAAUACCUGCGUGCUUUGCCGGGUUACUCGGAUAGCUGUCUAGAUAUGUUUC